UUCAAAUUUAGUCGAAAGCUGCUACCGCGGAAACAAAUCAGAUACUUUCCAAGCAAUGACUAAAUGGUGAACGAAAAUCACCACCGCCAAGUAGAGGAUCCUAUCGCCAACUACUCAGGUCUUUCUCUUUUCCGCUCCGCAUUUUCACUCUCAUCUUCAAAACCCUACGACGACCUCGACGCCAUUGACGAAGUUCUCAGAUCCAUGGAUUUGGGAAAUUCUGCUAAGCUUGUAGAGCAAGGCAAGUCUGUAUUAGAAUGUAAUUCGGGAUUCAACACGGAAAAUUCAACAAAAGAUGUUGGAGAUGAUGAUGUUUUUGCUGCUGAAGAGGAUGAAGAAUUUCGUCGGAAAAACAGGGGACCAGGUUUAGGUCUCAAUCGUGUCCGUCCACUUUUUUCGCUUAAGGAGACCAAAAAGCCCUCUGUUGAGGAUUUAUUACCGGUUCUGGACUUUAAAAACAUCAAAGACCCUAACGAAUUGUUCAUGGCCCAUGAACGGUUAGAAAAUGCAAGAAAAGAAAUACAAAAGCAGUUGGGUAUUGUGCCAUCUGAGUCAACUCUGGGUUCAACUAAACCACGGGAACGUCGACCGGGACUUCCAGGGUUUAAUCGGAGGCCAAUAAAAUUCAGACCUAGUUUUUCACAAGAAACUUUGGACAAUAAUGCUGAUGCCCUAUCCUCCCAAGAAGCAUUUGAAUCUGACAAUCUAGAUCCUGUUGGUGAUAACACUGAGAAAGGCAAAGCUUCUUUUGUGUCAUUGGAUAAUGAAGUAACUGGUUCAUCAGCUGUUAAAGAGAAAAAGGUCAAUGACAUUUUGAAAGGAUUGCUUACUCUUGAUUCUGAAGAACUAGAAGGGUUUGGAGCAAUGAGUCGUUUGCAGAAGAGGUUACAGAUCAAACCCGUUGUUUUUCAGAAAUCAUCUGUUCCAGAUUUCCCAGAUAGCCAACCGAUGGAUCUGAAAUCUUCGUAUGGAAAUUUGUCAAAGCCAACUAAAGCUUCUUCUGACAUAAGUAGUUUGUUAAGAGGAAUAGACAUUAAGACGCCUAUUAGGCAGGAUGUAGGAUACCCUGAGAAGCAAUUAGCUUCACCCACACCACCAAAAUCUCCAUCUGUUUUGUUUUCAACAUUGCAGAAGCACAUUUCACAGUCAAAACCAUCAAAGCCAUCAGUGGAUCCAUUUUCAGCUCAUGAAAUUGAUCAUGAAUCUACAAAAGAAAAUUCACCAACUCAUAUGCUAAACCGAGAAGUAAAUAUUGUUGGUUCUAGUAAGCCGUCAGAUGAGCUGGGUGCACCUAUAAUUGAAGGUGUUAUUGCAGCUGAUGAGACAAAUAAAAUUCUGGACAUUUCUGCACGACCCAAGGAACACAAUUCUAGGAAGUUAUCGGAACAACUGAAAGCAUCUUUAACUGAAAAUGAAGUUGCAGUUAGUGAGACUUGUUCAGUUGGCGGUCCUACCAGAACUUGCAUCAGCACUCCUAAAAAAUCCACGGUGGAUAAUUCAAGGGAACCUGGUUUUAAUGCUAAAGUUGACUCGAAUGAACCUCCUGUUGACAUGGAUCUAGAUAUUGGAGGCAGUGAUGUGGGGAAAAGGGUUAUGGAUGACACAGAGGGAAGGCAAAAUGUCGAGCCAAAUGAACCUGAUCAAUUUGAGGACGAAAUGCUGGCAGAAAAUAUGCAGGAAACUUCAGAUUCUAUACCAACAGAUGAUUCAAAUUUCAACUUGGUGAAUCCACUAGCUGAUAAAUCAAGUCCAGAUGUGCAUGAAGACAUAGUUGAUCAGUCGAAUCCAGAUGCGCAUGAAGACAUAGCUGAUCAAUCAAAUCCAGAUGCGCACGAAGACAUAGUUGAUCAAUCAAAUCCAGAUUCACAUGAAGACAUAGCUGAUCAUUCAAAUCCAGAUGCGCAUGAAGACAAUUCUGCGGACAAUAGGUCUAGAAGAUCAGAUGAUGGUCCAGAACAGUGUUCACAGAAAAAGACAGUUGGUUCUGUGGCACCUGUUAGUGGACAAAAGAGAGUUAAAACGCGUGCACAAAAAACGCCCAAGGGCAAGAGACUUCGGCUGGCAAUAGGUCAUGAAGACAAUUCUGCGGACAAUAGGUCCAGAAAAUCAGAUGAGGGUCCAGAACAGUGUUUACAGAAAAAGACAGUUGGUUCUGUGGCACCUGUUAGUGGACAAAAGAGAGUUAAAACGCUUGCACAAAAAGCGCCCAAGGGCAAGAGACUUCGGUUGGCAAUAGGUCAUGAAGAUAAUUCUGCGGGCAAUAGGUCUAGAAAAUCAGAUGAUGGUCCAGAACAGUGUUUACAGAGAAAGACAGUUGGUUCUGUGGCACCUGUUAGUGGACAAAAGAGAGUUGAAACAUGUGCACAAAAAGCACCCAUGGGUAAGAGACUUCGGCCGAGGAUGAGCCUUGCAGAUGCUGGUACAUCCUGGGAUUCUGGAGUAAGGAGAAGCAGUAGGUUCAAGACAAGGCCUUUGGAAUUUUGGAAAGGGGAAAGAAUGGUGUAUGGUCGUGUACAUGAGAGUUUGACUACUGUCAUUGGAGUGAAGUGCUUGUCUCCGGGAGCUGAUGGCAAACCGAUUAUGAAGGCGAAGUCAUUUGUCUCAGAAAAGCACAAAAAGCUUUUUGAGCUUGCUUCACGAUAUUGAGAUUACUUGUCUCCAGAUGUGAUGGUGUGUGUAAUUAAAUUUUCAGUACUGAUGGUUAUGAUAAACAGAAUUGUCAUUAUGUGGUUUUAUAAGUAUUAUUCCCCCUGUUGGAUAAUGGAUGUAUUGAGAUACCUUGUCUCUAUCUAAUCUUGUAGGAGGAUUCUAUUUGAAUUCAAGAUCUUUGGUUGAAUUAAAAGAGAUCUAUCUCAUCUCAGUUAAAUGCGUAG